AUGGCCCUGAUCGACUUUGCAGAAAAUAUCAUCUUCCAGCCUGACUCCGACCAUAGUGUUCUCUAUCCGCGACAAGUCGAACUAUCCGAUGGAAGCCUCCUUGCGACAGCCUCUGCAGAUGGUGGUGCUACCUGGUCCUGGGUCUCCAACAUGCCAGACCAGGUUAAUGGACUGGGGAUGGCGGCUCAGCCAGCGCUGGCAGAGAUGCCGUUUCCCGUUGGCAAUUUCCCAGCCGGCACGGUUCUGGCCAGUGGAAACAGCUGGGGAACCAAAGCACGAAUGUCGAUAUAUACGCUAGUGAAGACAAAGAUUACACAUGGAAAUUCGUCAGCAAUGUGGCGAAAGGCAGUUGACUGGAUACUACAAGUGGGAAUCCAUGGAUUUGGGAGCCAUUCAUUCUUUUGCGUGUUUUACUCUGAUCAGCGUGACACGCUGCAUGGCCAGAAGCUUGCUCACCAGGAAUCCACAGAUUUGAAAUCCUGGAGCUCCGUGAUAGAUGAUGUGGCAUAUCUCAACUAUACUGCCCGUCCUGGAAUGACGGUUAUUUCCUAUAUUCCACCGUUGGAAAAGUGGAUUCUGGUGCACGAGUUUCCAGGGGAGACAGCUGGUCUGGGGCAGGCUAUCCGCUCUACUAUCGAUUGUCUGGUAACCCAUUCGAUUUUCGCUUUGUCUAUGCCAAGCUCGUCUCCUUAUGUUGUCUGGUCCCCAGUCGGGGGUGUCAAUGGAACCAUCGUCGUCAGUGACGCUGAUCAUGGCAGCAUUUUUACCAACCGAGCGAACGGCCAGCCUGAUCAGUGGGAGAUUCACGCCACACCGCAGCCGCCAGCAUACAGUCGGAGUCUACAUGUGUUUGCAAAGCAUCCCGAUCACUUGAUGAUACUGGGUGCAGCUGAGUUUGGUCAAGUAGAAAAUUUGCCACUCCAUCUCAGUAUUGUGAGCUUAACAGAUACCUUGAGGCGGCCAGCUGGCAAUUAG